AUGCCUGAACAUCAUCGAGUCAUUAAAAAAAAUUUGAAUGAAGUUAUGCUAAUAGUGAUUACCGUAGCUGGUACAGGUAAACAAGGAUCAAAUUCAGAUAUGUUAAAUAAACCACAUGGAAUUUAUGUUGAUACACAGCUCAAUACAUUUGUAGCAGAUUGUGGAAAUAAUCGAAUACAAAGAUUUACAUCGAAAGGAAGGUUUGAUAAAACAGAAGUAGGAGAUAAAUCAUCAGCACAACAUCAAUAUUCACUUUCAUGUCCAACUGGUAUUACAUUUGAUUUUCAACAAUUUUUAUUUAUUGUUGAUUCAAAUAAUCAUCGUAUUCUUCGAUCAGGAACAAAUGGUGUUCAUUGUGUUAUUGGAUGUAAUGGAAUUAAUAUAAAAUCCACUGAAUUAUCCUCUCCAUCUAAUCUUGCUUUUGAUAAUUUUGGAAAUAUGUUUGUUGUUGAUUCUGGAAAUAAUCGAAUACAAAAAUUUGAAUAUUCAAAAAAUUCUUGUGAUAUGUCAUCUGUUAUUGAAUGGACAUUUCCAUCACCAUUGACUGAAGAUAGUCAAUUCUAUUCUCAAGAUUGUAAUUGGGAAAGUUUUUAUUAUCAAUCGUUUGAAAUAAAAGUAGCAGAAAAUCGUUAUUAUUCAAUAUGGAGUCAUGCUGAGAUCGAUACAUAUGGUUAUAUUUACGAAAAGAAUUUUGAUUCACUUAAUCCAAAUGAUAAUCUACUUUUUAAAGAUGAUGAUGAUGAUGAC